AUGAAUACUACCAGAGCUCAUGUGGAUGGGAUGGUCCCGAUAAGCGCCAACGUUGAUUAUACAAAUGACUUCAACUCCAAUGUUGUGUUUCUCAUCUGUACCAUUAUUAUGCUGAUCAUGGGUUUGGUUGGUAACAUUCUUGUGAUAGGAGCAGUUUUGGUGCACAAAAAACUGCGGGUACUCUGUAAUGUUUUCGUGAUUAACCUCGCCGUUGCGGACUUGUGCGUAACUAUAAUCGUAGACAGCUUUGGAAUCGUAGGAAUAGCGAGCGAGGGGACAUUCUUUGACGAUAAACGUGUGCUUUGCGACAUGGUGGGCGUGUUCUGCGUCACGUCGUGCGUAUGCUCAGGGUGGAACAUCGCACACAUCAGCUUCAAUCGUUACGUCCGCAUCUGCCACCACACGGUAUACCCGAAGAUCUACAACGCACACACUGUGCCGUUCAUUGUGGCCGGUACGUGGUUGUUUUGCUGUUUACUCGACCUGCCGAAUUUGCUGGGCUGGGGAGCUCACACUUUCGAUUCGAGGACUAUGAUGUGUACCUAUAACUACACGAAGUCUUAUGCUUACAAUUUGUUUGUCGUGAGCCUUGGGUUUGGCGUACCGCUACUUGUUACAUCUUUCUCGUACGUCCGUAUCAUCUUCAUUGUAAAACGGGCCGAGACUAACGCAAGGCGGUCUGCAGAGGAUGACGUACAGACCGUUACUGGUAACGUGCAGUGGGCGAGCUCUGUAAAGGGAACGACCAAUAAACGUAACAAAUUACGAAAUACGGAUAUCCGUUUGCUGCGUUCCGUUUUCACGAUCUGGGUGGUGUUCAUUGUGAUGUGGUCGCCGUACGCCAUUGCUAUUCUUGGGGAUGUGCACCGCGUAUGGCCACGUACUGUUUACGUAGUCGCAGCCAUUGUGGUCCACACCAACAGCAGCAUCAACGGGAUCCUGUAUGCUGCCACCAACCGUCAUUUCAGGGAGGGUUACUCCUACUUGAUCUUACGUUGCUUCAGGCGAAAUGUAGUGUCGCCUGAGAUGAUAAACCUGGACAAAGAAAAGCCGAGCAGUGCUCUAAGAAAAGAAAAAGGGGCAUAA